CUCAACUCUGAGGCCCACACUUUUACACUAUCUACUUAACGUCUCGGCAAGAAACCUGGAGACUCACCGAGUGCCGCACUGCAAGCAGGACUUGCACCACCCAAUCGAAACCAAGGAGCCUCGUCCUACCAUCGCCGCUUUGAAACUCACCACGAAGCAACUCCAACUUUCGAUAAAGAUGGACCACCCACCCCCGGAGAAGCGCAAAUACGCCGGCCCUACCGCGGGUCCGAGCCCGGCGCCCGCAGCUACAACAACAACAGAGGAUGCAGCCAGCAAACGCCGCAAAGUCAUCGGACCCUCCCUCCCACCACCACAACCGACCGCCAGUCCCAGCGCCAGUCCCAGCAACGAGGCCAACGACAACAACAGCGACAGCGACAGCUCCGAUGAUGACGACUUCGGCCCAACACUCCCUCCACCCGCCGGCGCACAACAACCCAGCAUCACCACCACCACUACCGCAACACAGCCCAGCACUACCACAACCCCAACCGCCCAACCCCAACGCGACGCCUGGAUGCUUGAACCCCUCGAACCAACCGACAGACACCGCAUCGACCCCACGCGCCUAAAAAACCGGCGCUUCAACUCGGGGCCCCGCGCCAAUACCUCCACCUCCACUUCAGGGAAGGGCGGGAUAGACGUCACGUGGACCGAGACGCCGGAGCAGAAGAUGAAGCGUCUGCAGGAUGAGGUGCUGGGUGUACAGCAUCCAUCUUCUUCUUCUGGUGCUGCGGCGGCGACGGCUGGUGCGGCGGGGGCAAGGCAGAACCAGCCGUCUGCGGCGAUGCAGGAGAGGAUUCAGCGGUUCAAUGAGGAUAAAAGGAGGGAGGAUUCGCUUGUAAGGGAGAGGAGGAGGCAGGGUGGUGAUGGUAAGAAGGAGGAGGCGGAGGAUGAUCCGAGUAAGAGGGCGUUUGAUCGCGAGAAGGAUAUGGGGUUGCAGGGGAAGAUUACCCAUGCGCAGAGGCGGGAGAUGAUGAGUAAGGCGGCGGAUUUUGGGAGCAGGUUUUCGAGUGGGAGGUUUUUGUGACGGGG